AUGUGUAUUUUGCAGGAUUUCAUCGCGAGCUGUUUGAAUCCCGACCCAUCGAAAAGGCCAACUGCUCGCGAUCUGUUGUUCCAUACCAUUCUGUUUGAGGUAAAUACGGAAAUGCUUUUAUUCUAUAACUUAUGGAUAUUGAGGAGCAUUUAUUUGGAAGUGCAUUCCUUAAAAUUAUUGUCUGCUCAUUGUAUUGUCUCAGCGAAAUUGAAUGACAGUUUAAACGAAGAUGACUUGCAUGUGUCGGAUCCGAACCGCAUUGCAGCUUCAUCGAAGUUUCGUACAAUGGCUUUCAAUGAAGUCCCAGCUUUUCAGCGUUGCUCGGAUUUGGUUCGAAACUUCGAUGGUGUUGAGGUGCCGGUGCUAAAUUGCAUGUUUGAAAUUGCUACGUGCUUCUAUAUUGUCGUGAAGUAA